AAUCAUUCUCUGAUUGGUGGAGAAGGAUGAGGCUUCAACACCCCAAUGCUUUAAAAAGGUUGGAUUUUUAGGAAGAAGCCACCACAGUAGGACACAGUUGGACAGUAGCUGGACCAUUCUGGACAUGCGCAACAGCUCCGCGAUGGACGCAGAUUUCUACGAGGACCACGUCGGCGUGUACUAUGAUGAAGGUGAUGACUACCUAAACUAUUCGUUGUGGAAUGAGAGCGACUCUUCAGAUGCAGACGUCCUGGCAUCAGACUGGUGUGAAGCCGGCGAGCAGGAGUUCACCAUCAAAAUGUUCCAGACCUGCGUCUUCAGCCUGAUCUUCCUUCUGGGCGUAGUGGGAAACGCUCUUGUCAUCGCCACCUUUGUGCUGUACCGCCGGCUCCGCCUGCGCUCCCUGACCGACGUCUUCCUGUUCCACCUGUCCGUGGCCGACCUCUUGCUGCUGCUCACGCUGCCGCUGCAGGCUGUUGACACAAACCUGGGCUGGGUCUUCUCAGCAGAACUCUGUAAAGUGGUGCGAGCAUGCUAUGCUAUGAACACCUACAGUGGGCUGCUGCUGCUCGCGUGCAUCAGCAUGGACCGCUACAUGGUGGUCGCCAGAGCUCAGGAGAUGCUUCGGCUGCGCAGGCGGAUUCUAACAGGAGGGAAGAUUGCCGCAGUCAGUGUCUGGAUCGCAGCUACACUCCUCAGCCUCCCGGAGAUUCUGUUCGCCGGAGUGACAGGCUCCGGCCCUGACGCCUACUGCGGCAUGCUCAAGAGUGGCAGAGUCAAGAUGGCCACCAACGGAACCAUCAUCGCUGUCUUCUGCGUGUCCUUCCUGGUGAUGGCAACGUGCUACUCGCUGAUCGCUCGGGUCCUGCUGGCCGGAAACAAGCAAACGUGCGGGAAACAGCUGCAUCGUCAGCGUACACUGAAGCUGAUGGUGGUUCUGGUUCUGGUUUUCCUGCUUUUCCAGCUGCCAUAUACCAUUGUUCUCUCACAGAAAAUGGCGGGUGCGUUCUGCGCGCUGAUGUUAGAGUAUGUGACCUGCACGCUGGCCUACGCUCGCUGCUGCCUGAACCCCAUUCUGUACGCUCUGGUGGGCAUACGCUUCCGUAAUGACGUGCUCAAGUUGCUGCGCAACCUGGGAUGUGACCUCAGGAUACAAACUCAGAGCUCCACCUCCAUCUCUCUGUCAUCACCUGCUCCAUGUUCACCAGCAUCACCUGACAGAAGCCACUCCGGUAACGAGCCAGCCACUGCGAAUAGAUUUCAUUUUUAAUGACCCAAAUAAGGUCUUUCUUGGUGUGAAGGGGAUUAUUACCCACCAUCGUCUCACCUGUAGUAGAUGAGCAUCAGCGUUCAGUGACCGUAUUCUGAGCUGUUUCAAUCAAGUUUGGGAAAAUGUGUUUCUUAGACAUGUGAUGUCCAGAUGGAGCUUCUGUACCUGUACAUGCUGUAAAUAUGUUACAUACCAGACAACGCAUCAAGUCAAUGCUCAAUGAAAUGAUGCACAAAGUUUGUUAUUAAAUAUUGGAACAGAGGUGUUGUUGGAUUGUUUGUGGCAUGAAUCAAUGUUGGAAUAAAACUGACUUGAG